AUGGCAACGGAUGACUCUGAUAACAACGUUGAGAUAUGGAAGAUUAAGAAGCUUAUAAAGGCACUGGAAGCUGCAAGAGGCAACGGAACCAGCAUGAUAUCUUUGAUUAUACCUCCGUGUGAUCAAAUUUCUCGAGUGACCAAGAUGCUUGGUGAUGAAUUUGGAACUGCUUCAAACAUUAAGAGCAGAGUGAAUCGUCAAUCUGUGUUAGGUGCUAUAACAUCUGCCCAGCAGAGGCUCAAGCUCUACAACAAGAUACCACCUAAUGGACUCGUGCUCUACACAGGAACAAUAGUAACAAGUGACGAGAAAGAGAAAAAAGUUACAUUUGACUUUGAGCCUUUCAAACCUAUAAACUCAUCUCUAUAUCUCUGUGACAACAAAUUCCACACAGAAGCUCUUAAGAAGCUGUUGGAAUCGGAUGACAAGUUUGGUUUCAUUGUUAUGGAUGGUAAUGGUACCCUCUUUGGGACAGUAAGUGGCGAUACUAAGGAGGUUCUACACAAGUAUAUUGUUGAGUUGCCAAAGAAACAUGGAAGAGGAGGGCAAUCAGCUUUGAGAUUUGAUCGUAUUCGUAUGGAGAAACGUCACAACUAUGUAAGGAAGACAGCAGAGCUUGCAACACAGUUUUAUAUCAAUCCUGCUACUAAUCAGCCUAAUGUUUCUGGACUUAUACUUGCUGGAUGCGCUGAUUUCAAGACUGAGCUCAGUCAAUCUGAUUUGUUUGACCCUCGUCUUCAGGAGAAAAUCUUGAAUGUUGUCGAUGUCUCUUAUGGGGGUGAGAAUGGUUUCAAUCAAGCUAUUAAGUUGUCCUCUGAGAUUCUUGCCAAUGUGAAGUUCAUUCAGGAGAAGCGUUUGAUUGGGAAGUAUUUUGAGGAGAUAAAUCAGGAUAGGGGGAAGUACGUCGUAGGUAUUGAUGACACUUUGGAAGCUUUACACAUGGGUGCUGUGGAAACACUGCUUGUUUGGGAAAAUCUUGAAAUUAACCGCUAUGUUCUAAGAAACAAUGCCUCUGGUGAAAUUAGUAUAAAGUAUUUAAACAAAGUGCAGGAGACUGAUGAGAGUAAUUUUAGGGAUUCAGUCAGCGAUGCUGAACUUGUAGUUGAGGAAAAUAUGUCUCUGAUUGAGUGGUUUGUUAAUGAGUACAAAAGAUUUGGCUGCAAGCUUGAGUUUGUCACAAACAGAUCUCAAGAGGGGUUAAAUUUUUGUACAGGUCUUGGUGGGAUUGGUGGCAUUCUUCGUUACCAGCUUCUUAUUCAUUCAUUUGAUGAGCUGUCUGAUGAUGGUGAAAAUAAUGAUAUCCAAAAUUCUGAUGAUGGGGAAAGUUAUAAUACUGAAAAUCAUGAUGAUGGGAAAAAUUAUAAUGCUGAAUAG